CCGAACGCGGAAGCACGCGUGUGAGAGAUGAACAAGGACCUUGCCUCAAUUUUUAAGUAUAAAUAUUAUUUAUGUUUAACUUUCGCAUGGAGGAACGUUUUUAGUUUCCGUCAUAACGUUAAGAAAAACUGGCAACACGACGAGCAGCGCCAUCUGUAGCGUAAUAUGUUAAUAUUUCCCAUGAUGCAAUUCGCCGGAAGCGUAUGCCCAACGCGGAAGUAUGCGAAGAGUGAGUCGGCGAUCUUGUGAGGACGGUCCGCUGCUGGAGGAGCAGGAGACAGAGGGCCAGCGGCAGCUUCACGGCCUCCUGCUACGGCAACUGCACACCCAAGUCGACGUCGAAAGAUGCGUGGCCAAGAAGCGGAGCUUUGCCCCAGCGGCGCUCUACCAUCCGUUUGGCGAGCAGGUGUCUGGCGUGCGAAGCCUGUCUCAGUUCCAGACUCUGCAAGAGGAUGAGCAGGAGCUGGCCGGCCUGCGGGAGCUUGGCCUCACCGACCCCGAGAUCCAACUGUGGCAAAAUAGGGAUGCCCCGGAAGUAUCUGAGCAAUGUCACGGCAUUUGCGCAGCUCCUGACGUCAAGCGGCAACGCCUCCAGGCCAUCCGGGACAAGAUUGCAGCCCGGGCGGAGCUCCUAGCGCGGCCUCAGCGCUUCGCCGCCAGCCGGCCACUGUCCCGCCGCGAGAUGGAGAUCGAGCAGGCGCUCUUCCAGGGCAGCGACCGGCAAGGUUUCCUCGCUGCGCUCUACCAUCGAGAUGAAAAUAACCAAGACGGCCUACAAGGGGCGACACCGACAGAUCCAAUGGACUCCCUGUACAGAGACCUUCUCAGCAAGUCGCCCCAGGGCGUCAAAGCUGCCCAAACGUUAAGCCUUUCUACAUCCACGCCGUCACAUCACUCGCGGCAAGGAGGCGACAGCCAAUCAGAGGAAGGCUCACCAGAACCGCCCGAGCAUCAUCCUGCUGCCCCGCUGGAGAUCAGCCGUCCAAUCGGUAGCUUGCGCGGGGCGGAGGGGGCCGGCUCGGGUCGGCCGCUGACCGUCACGGGGCGAGUGCCGACUGUGACAGACCAGGAAAUCCGGGAGAACCGGGAAAGCCAGGAAGGGAUCCGGAGCAUUCCGAGAUUCCGGAACUACCAGCCUGGAAAACCUUCGCGGGUGGUGUGCGUGAAGAACCUGAGCCCGCAUGCAUCGGUGGCCCAGCUGGUGGCGCUGUUCUCCAGGUUCGAGGGUGCCGGCGACAGACCCCCGCUGCUGUAUCGCCUCCUGACAGGACGCAUGAAGGGUCAGGCUUUUGUCACGCUGCCCGACACCAAAACGGCCCAGGAUGCUUUGCAACUGCUACAUGGUUACCGGUUGCUCGGGAAACCUUUGGUGUUGGAGUUUGGCCGCGAGCGAACGGAAGCCGACCAACGGGAAGCCAGGACGUGAAAACUCCCCGUGCCGCUUCGAACCAGCGUCUGCCCCCUGCUGUUCACGCCCAUUUGCAGCGUGCCGGUGUUCCUGGCCACCGCCAACGGAAUAUCGCCGCUGCCGUCGCCCUUGUACGUGUAGGCGCCCCGGCGUCCUCCGCACUCUUGGCCCUCGUAGAAGGACACGGCCAACAUGCCGCCGCCGAUUAUGGAGACCACGGCCGAGGUCAUGCCCAAGUAGAGGCAGCUGCCCGGCACGUACUUGAUUGUGCUGUGGACCAUGUUGAAGUUCCGGAUCACGUUGUUGGCUCUCAUGGAGACGGGCACCAGCGACGCGACGCCGGCCACCAGGAGGAAGCACCCGCUCACGCCUGCCACGCGUCUCUUGAGCACCAGCGAUCUCUCCAGCCAGACGGUGCACUGCAUGCCCACCACGGCGACGAGCAGGCCCGCAAGGGACAGCCCCAGGGAGCCCAACAUGAGGACCCGGGAAACCUGGACGUCGUAGGGCAGCAUCAGGAAGGCCUUGUGCAUGUGGCACAUGAUGGCCCCAUUCAUCUUGUUGAAGCAAUUCAUCCACAGGCCGUUCAUGUUGGUGUCCAACGCCUCCGGAAAUUUGAUGUCCACCGACACCUCCCAGUAGGGGAGCACCGUGGUCACCAGGGUGCCCAGUAGGCCAAUCAAGCCCAGGAAAAAGCCGAGCAGCUCCAGAGGCCCAGAGGCCAUUGCAAUCGAUCAAUCCUGAGGCGACAAAAAGGAGCAAAUGAGAACUGUGUCGACACGGCUGGCUGGACCACCUUGCGAAAAUUGCUAACUUGGGCGGCGGCGAUGAAUCGAGGUCAACUAGCAUGCAAAAUUUGUAACAUUUGAACGAUUGUUUACAUUCGGCAAGCGUUAGCGGUUUUCCCGUGACAAAUAUUCACAAAGUGGUGAAACGGAGAAACUCCAAAAAACAAAGCAAUUCCUGGCUAACGUCUUAAAAGACAGUCGGGUCGGGAUUUUAGGUGUGACCUUUUUUUUUUGUUGUUUUUUUUUCCCAAAAUGUCUCUUGACAACUGCAAACGUUUUGAAAUGAUACUCACGCUUGACUCAAAUCCGUCCAAAAAACGAAGCCAAACAAAGUGUCGGUCGGCCUGAUGCUUUUGAAACAAAUGAUUCUCCCGUUCAAGCUGGGGCGUGUUGUUUAUAUGAGGCGCAGGUCUGAUGUCUUUAUUGGGUCAUGCUCAUCGCUGUUUGAUGCGUUCCUUUUGUAGUCUUUAUUUCACUUUAUGUGUAUUUAUGACUCUCGAGGUUGCUUUGAAAUAAACAAAACAUGUUGA